CCCCCGGGAAUGGCCUCCGACCAGAACGCCUCCGUCUCCAGCCUCAGCCCCCCGGCCAGCCAGUUCGUGCAGCCGGCGUGGCGAGUGGCACUGUGGGCCCUGGCUUACUGCGCCGUGCUCGGCGUGGCGCUGCCGGGCAACGCGGUGGUCGUCUGGAUCAUCCUGGCGCACAAGCGGAUGAGGAGCGUCACCAACUAUUUCCUGCUCAAUUUGGCGUUUUGCGACGCGUCCACGGCCGCCUUCAACACGCUCGUCAACUUCAUCUACGCGGCCCACGGAGAGUGGUACUUCGGGGCCGUCUACUGCCGGUUCCACAACUUGUUCCCGGUCACGGCGGUGUUCGCCAGCAUUUACACCAUGACCGCGAUUGCAGUUGACAGGUACACGGCCAUCAUCCAUCCGCUAAAGCCUCGUCUGUCUGCCAAAGCCACUCUGGCCGUGAUCGUGACCAUCUGGAGUCUGGCUCUAGUUCUGGCCUUCCCCCUGGGCUACUUCUCCACCGUUCGAGCUCUGCCCCGCAGGACCCUGUGCUACGUCGCCUGGCCCCGAAUGGCGGAAGACCCCUUCAUGUACCACAUCACCGUGACGGUCCUGGUCUACUUGGUGCCUUUGGUGGUGAUGGCCAUCACCUAUUCCAUCGUGGGCGUGACCCUGUGGGGCGGGGAGAUCCCCGGAGACACGUCCGAUAACUAUCAUGGACAGCUGCGGGCCAAAAGGAAGAUCGUGAAGAUGAUGAUGGUUGUAGUGGUGACCUUUGCCCUCUGCUGGCUGCCCUAUCAUGUCUACUUCAUGGUGACGGGCCUCAACAAAAAUCUGAGCAAGUGGAAGUCCAUCCAGCAGGUCUACCUGGCAGUCUUGUGGCUAGCAAUGAGCUCCUCCAUGUACAACCCGAUCAUCUACUGCUGCCUCAAUAGCAGGUUCCGGGCUGGCUUCAAGCGCGUUUUCCGCUGGUGUCCGUUCGUCCGGGCGUCCAGCUACGACGAGGUGGAGCUUCAGAACAGACGGCGCCGCCCGGGCCACCAGAGCAGCAUGUGCACGCUCUCGCACGUCGACACCAGCAUCCUCAGCGAGGACAAGAGCGUGCGCUCCCAAGGAAAUAAACGUAGGUCCGAGUUCAAGCCCCACCCUGAUGAUCGAGGUGCUUAGCGUUAAUGUACUCGCUCAUUGGUUUUCAAACGUUUUGCAUGCAGGUGAGACAUUUUACCCACCUCAUAAUCUCAACUACCGUAAUUUCCGGGCUUCAACCCGUGACUUUUUUCACACGUUUUCAACCCUGCGGUUUAUGCGGCAAUGCGGCACUAGCGUUAGCGCGGUGCUAGCAUUAGCGCACCUGGUUAUAAGGUUAUGUCACUUUACUCUCGUCACUGAUUUUUCCUCCCACUAAAAAACAGAUUAUUCCAUUGUAAAUUAACAGUUUUUCUAUUAAAAAAAAAAAAAAAUACAAAAAAAAAUAACAUUUUUGUUUCCAAUGGUAUUUUGGCGUGAACAAUUUACCGGAAUUCCCGGCCAACAGCGCGUUAAAAGCCUCGGUAGACAGAAAGAGUUUAACGCUAGCGUGGCGCUAACGCUAGCGCUAGCAUGGCGCUAAUGGUAACUCGAGCGUGGCGCUAAUGCCGCAUCACUGUAUAAACCGCAGGAUUGAAAUCGUACAACUUUUUUCACACAUUUUUAACGCCGUGUUACCGCCACACCUAAAUACCAUUGGAAACAAUUUUAUUUUAUUCUUUUUUUUUUUUAUAGAAAAACUGUUUAUUUACAAUGAAAUAAUCUUUUUUUUUAGUGGCAGGAAAAAUCAGUGAUGAGGGUAAGAGGGAAAAGUUGCAAUUGUUAUAGGGGGAUUAUCGACUUUUUUUUUUUUUUUUAGUAUAAAUUAAACUCUGUUGUAAAUGAGUUCAAAGUGCAGUAUUACCCCGUGUGGGGACGGCGUCGUUACGACGAUCGGCGUUCCAGUACACACUGACAAAGAGUCGCUCCGUCAUGUUUUGUGCGUCAUUUUGUACGUAUGUGCCGGUUAGCUACGCAACUUGUUAGUUCCGCUGAGUCUGUCGCAGUCAUCCCUUUAUACCUCUUUGUAAAACCUUUUUAGUUGCAAUAUUGUUUUCCUUGUUCUCUUUGCAGUUGAGUAAAUAAAAUGUGAGGAAAUACUGAUGGGGGAUAGCUUUAAUUCAUAGUAAUACUAUUUAUCGUUUAAAUUAUGAAGUUUGGCCUUUUAACUUGACUUUUAAUAUCGAACAGCAUGUAAUUGUAUUUUUCUAGCUUCAGUGUGUUUACUUUUAUAGACGUUUGUUUGUUAAACACAAAGAAUGAUCUAAGGAUUGGAAACUGUUUGAAAAUGAUUAAUAAGAGGAGUGAUAUGUUUAUUUGUGUUUACAUGGCAAUGGUGCUAGUAUAGAGCUCGUGCACUUACGUCACAUGACUGGCCAUACUGCCGGUCAAGCAAAGCAUUGCUCAAUGCUAAGUCGGUUGGAGACGGCACGAAAAUACGUCUUAUAGCACGACGCCCAGAGUUUUGUCCGAUACUGUUAAACAUUUAGAAGGUGGUAAUAAACGAAGGUACGUGUGGAAAUGACAGACACUUGGCAUAGAGCAUCCAUAUUUAAUGCCGAAGUCGAUGUUUUCACUGAUAAGAAAUUGGACCGUUUAUCCUUGGCGAGUAAGUUGUCGAGAUUUACACGGAAGAGUUUGAAAUCGUAGCAAUGUCUGGACGCAUACAAAUGUUUCGUUGCUGGAUCUGUUCUCAAUCAAGAAUAAAUCCCACGUAGUGAUGGAGCCAGUCAGAUUUUUUCAAUUAAAAUAGUCAUUUUUAAAUAAAUGACCCCUGUUUUUACACAAACUCGCAUUCAUUAACUAUGAUUGGAAAAAAAAACCACAGCGAGUCGGCUCCUCCGUACACGGAAGUGUGUUGCGGCUACACGUUAACCUACGUAAACCUCUGUGUGACCGACGGUUUAUUUUCUUUUUUUAAAUACGCAUUGGACUCAUUUGAGAAUAAUUCAUAUUUAAAAAAAAAAAAAAACGUCUGUCAGGUUUACCGAAGUUUAACGUGUGACCGCAACACGCUUCCGUGUACGGAGGAGAUGACUCCCUGUCUUUUUUUUUUUUUUUUUUUAACACAUUGUUCUCAAAUGGGCCAACUUGGCGUUAUAAAUACUUCUUGGGAAUUUGAGAUGGAGAAGAAUAAUUCCCAUCUGAAGUGAAGCGAUCGCUACACAGUCGUGUGUAUUUGGUUGGGCACCAUCCAUCACGUUUAAUUGCCGAAAUCCAUCUUUUCAUCUGAUAUUCCAUCGAAUGAUCUCUUUGAAAUUCUCUCUAAUCUUUUGUAACAACCAAUAGCACAAUAAGUCUAGGACAUUGUGAAUAUUCUGCUCCGGUUCAAUGUCGAGCAGCUCUUUUUGACCUGCAAUAUGGCGCCGUGAAAACAGUGACGUCACGUGCACGACAUCUAUCGAAGUGGUAGAACAAAAAACUCCACAGAUAUUAGCCUGUACAGUAUUAUUUGCCAGC